AUGACAGUCGCGCCGCCUUCGCGCGGGGGAGACUCAGUAUCGGCCCCUGUUCUCUCUUCUUCUUCCUCUUCUUCCUCUUCCUCUUCUUCCUCUUCCUCUUCUUCGUCUGCCUCUUCUUCCUCUUCUUCCUCUUCUUCGUCUGUCUCUUCUUCCUCUUCCUCUGUUUCUUUCUCGUCUUUCUGCGGGAGAGACCCGAGUUUGCGUGCUGCGAGUGUUCUCGACGGCGUGUCUCGCCACCUUUUCUGGCGCCCCUCCAGUGGACCUCUCGCCCUCAAUUGUCGCAAACUUCCUCACUACGUUCGCAUUCUUCCGGACGGACUGACCGCUCUCUAUGCUGGGCGGGGAGACUACACAGAUGUCGGGGUCGUUCAGGCCGAGAAGCCGGCAGCCACGACGUGCGCAGUUUAUUAUUUCGAGGUAAAAAUCCUCGCUGCAUCUUCCACGCCCCACAUUUGUGUGGGCGUCACUACAAAGAGCGCGGCACUCACAAAGCAACCGGGAAUCGAACCAAACUCUGUGGGGUAUCGCUCCGAGGACGGGCGCAAGUUGCUGGGCUCGGCGUCUUCGUCUUCGCUCUCGCGGGGCGGCGUCCUGCCAGGCGAGGCGUUUAGCUCGCCCUACGGCGCGGGCGACGUGAUCGGCUGCGGCAUCCACUACCAGUCCAAGAAGAUUUUCUUCACAAAGAACGGAAUCUGUUUGGGAGUCGCUGGAAAGGCAGAUCCUCGCGUGAACUACAUCCCCAGCGCCGGCAUGCACGGAGCAGCCGAGAAAGUCAAGUUCAACUUCACAGGGCCCUUCCGCUUCGAUCUAAAGGCCAUGCUCCAGUGCGACAUGCUCGAAGAGCGGCAACGAAUCAAGGCGGACCUUGAACAAGACGCGACACUCCUCGCCCUCGUCUCGCCUGCGGCGCUCACGGAAGUCGUUCGCAGCUACCUUUUGCAUGCAGCCUUUUCGCGGACUCUCGCAGCCUUUGAACGCGCUCUUGCCAGUCGCGACGGCGUCCCAAGAGAUACAGACCAGGGAAGCGAGAACGCCAGAGUCAAGGCGAAUGGAGAGACGGAGGCGAAUGGAGAGACGGAGGCGAAUGGAGAGACGGAGGCGAAUGGAGAGGCGGAGGCGAAUGGAGAGGCGGAGGCGAAUGGAGCGGCGGAGGCGAAUGGAGGCGCAGAGGCAGGAGCGUCGGAUGCGCUAAUGGAGACACCUGAAGUCGCCAGUGGAGGCGGCGAGGAAAGAGGAGACGAAGAAUUGACGAUGGGCAGGGGACACUCCGAGUAUGACACGGGAGUCGCGCGCGUCGAAGAAGGCGAAGACGCGAGGAGCAGAGAGGCGGCAUGCGACGAAGCCGAGGGCAAGGCGGACAGCUCCACUCCAGAUGAAACUGACGUCGAGGCAGAGCGGCGAGGCGGGUCGAGACGCCGACAAGCCUCAGGUUCUGCUCCGACUCGGAGAGCUUUCAGCAUAUCGUUUCGGCCUUCCGCGUCCGUCUCCGCUGCGCCUCUGACCUCCCAGCUGGCUUCGGCCUUUUGGCGAAAAGAGAGAGAAGAAGGCCUUGCCGGCGAAGAUCUCUCGAUGGGAGAGGAAGGUUCCAGCGACCAGCAAGACGACGAGGCUUCUCUGCGGGGACGCGAACGGAGCCCGAGUGUUCACACAACCCCCGAAAGCACGUCGAUUCUUCUCGCUUCUCUUUCAAAGCGGAAAGAACUGAAGCAAGCGAUCGUCGACGGACAGUCGGGCGCCGCUGCGGAGAUUUUGGAAAGCUGGUUCCCUGCGGUCUUCUCCAGAGCGAAAAGCGAAGACUUCCAGGACAGCUCGUUUGCCCUGUCGCUCCUCUACACGCAGCAGUUGAUUGAUUUGCUUCGGCCGCCCGAGAGAAACGUGGCGGCAGCGCUCGCCUGGAUGAGAACGAGGCUGGCCAGUCUCUUGCGCGACGCCUCUCCGCAUGUGCGACAGGCCGUAACAGAAUGCUGCGGCCUCCUCGCCUACGCAGAACCUGAGAAAAGUUCCCUGGCGGCUUUCUUCGAUGUGAACCGACGGACUGUGGUGGCAACAGCCAUCAACCGAUGCGUGCUUCGUCACCACCUGCAAAUCUCCUGCUGGUCGCCCUUGGAGAUCCUUGUCAGGCACCUCGUCGCGUGCAGGCAACUGCUUCGGGAGGCGUGCGGCAAUCGAGGGGCCGUCCCGACACCGAGUUUGUUUUGCUACCCUCCUCCCAUGCGUCUUCUCCUGCAGCCUUCGAAGCCUCAGCUGAAUGGUCAGACCGCAAAGCGCGAGGCAUUGAUUGCGGACUACGGAGAAGAAGACCUCGUCGAACUCCCGUUAGUCUACAGUCCCUAG